AGGAAGCCAUUGUGGCAAGGCCACAAAGACCUCCAGGAGGACUAGCAUCUCCUGAGAAUUCUCAUGUAGCCAACGAUGGUGACACCGUGGUUUGGGAUUGUCCCACAACCUUCUAUGGCCUUGAAUACCUUGCUUUUGUAAAACCUAAAGUCCGGCCAGAUGACAUGAAUGCCAAUUGAAAUUGGUUGCAUGGACAAGGCCUUGAUUAGAUAGCUUUUGCUGUUGCGGGGCACUAUUUGCUACUAGUAAUCCGGGCACUGGCAGCAUGCCAGUUUGAGUUGUUAGUAUCACAUCUUCACUCAGUAGCCUGGUACAGGUUUUCUGCUUCUCUUGCGACUCCUUGGCAUCCUAGUAUGUAUUUAAAGUCAGACUCCAUAUAACCACUACGGCAGCGCUUGUUUCCAUAAAUUCUGCUACAAUCCCAAUGUUGCUAUUCGGACAGUGAAAUCAACUGACCUGUUCUGAUUUGGGCAAUUUCUUCCAAAUCUGCCACUAUAGAGAAUGCCCAGCAAGAGCCUACAGUAUAUAACACACCAUUAAUUUCUAUACAUACUACAAAAUUGAUAAAUCGUGAUGCGUUCAAGAAAAAAUAAUGCAAGUCUACAUCGUCAAUAUUUGAUAAGAUCAAAUAUUGAUUAAAUAUGGACUAAAAACCGACCGUAUGCAGAAGAAGGCAAAAGGAAUAAUGGCUUCAGUUUCAGCAGCGUGGUUGCCGUACCUUUCCACUCGAGCCUCCACACCUUAUGCUUCUCUCACAUUCCUCACUAGCUCCACAACUAGGAAGAGUUCCGUGUCUCUCAGCGGUGGCGCCGCUGCUCGUUCCCCGUUGCUUCACUGCUCCUUCAUCUCUUUCACCUCUUUAGCUUCCACUUCCGUCUUCUUAGGUUUAUCUUUGGGCUUGGAUUCGAGCUCUAGUGUGGAGGUUAGAAGAAGAAGAGGCUGUGGCUUAGUGGUGAGGACCGGGAAGGCUGCCCUGUGUCUAACCAAGAGAAGUAGGUCCAGGAAAUCCUUGGUUCAAACUCAUGGAUUCCGUUGCCGCAUGAGAACAACUGGCGGGAGAGCAAUGAUGAAGCGCCAACGUGCUAAGGGGCGGAAGGUCCUCUGCACGAAGAGCAAUUCCAACUGUGGAAAACGUGCCUGAUUGUGCCCUUUUCAUAUUCAGUUUAUUAGGUAAGUGCAGUGGUAUGUAAUGUAAUGUAAUGAUGUUUAACAGCCUAUUCUUGUGAACAAUGGCAGAAUUUCAAACUUAUUUCUCAUGAUACCUUCUGUAUUGUUCAAGAACUCAUUGUCGGUUA